CCACAAUCCCUUCCAGCAGCCAUUAUCCGAUCUGGUGGUCUACAAGCUGAUGUUACCCAGAGACCCCUGAGUAGUAAAAUCUUAGAAGAUACAAGACAAAUCGCUGAAAAUCUGAGGAUGGAUAAGGAUAAAAAUGCGUCCGAAAAGAUAUUACAUCUCACCCUGGAGAUAAUCUACCUUCUGACUGGAGAGAAUUACACAGUAGUGAAGAAGACAUCCGGUGAGUGUGAGACACCCAGCAGACGUUCCCGUGUGUCAAGAAGACUGAGCAGGACCCAGAGCCCCAUCACGGUGCCUCCACCUCACUCACUGAUACAUGAGAGGCACAAUGACCAGAAGAUCCUGGAACUCACCAACAAGAUCAUUCAGCUGCUGACUGGAGAGGAGGGGGAGUAUAUAGAGGAACACAGGGGUCUGUAUAAGGACGUGAUGAUGGAGAAUCACCGGCACCUCACAUCACUGGAUGGGCCCAGUAACAGAGAUACCCCAGAGAGAUGUCCCCGUCCUCUGUAUUCCCAGGACUGUACAGAGGAGAAUCACAGGACCCCACAGGAGGAUCAGGGUGAAAAACUGACUGAUAUGAAAGCAGAAUAUAUAGAGGGAGAAGAGACGUAUGUGACUGAUAUAAAGGCUGAAGUUAUAGAGGGAGAAGAAGAGACGUAUGUGACUGAUAUAAAGGCAGAAGAUAUAGAGGGAGAAGAGAUAUAUGUGAUGGGUGAUCAACAGUGGAAAGAGGAAGAAAUCCCUACAGAUAUCAGCACAGAUGGACACAAUAUACAGACUACCUUGGAGGGACAUCUCGUUUGGUCUCCACAUUUUAAAUUAGAAGAACGGACAUCACACGAAGGCAUCACACGAUGGUCUGCAGAAGAACACUGUAUUGCCCUCAAUAUACAUCUUCCUCUUCACAGUGCAGAUUUAACAUUACACCCCUCUAUUUUUGAGGACUAUUCUGGUAACUCCCAUAUUGCUGUACAUAGUACGGAUAAUGGCGGUGAUACAGUCAUUUCCUCUUCUGAUUGCGGGAAAAGUUUUACCCAUAAAUUAGCUGUUAUACAUGAGAGAAGUCAGACAGGUGAGAAACCAUUUACAUGUUCUGAGUGUGGGAAAUGUUUUACACACAAAUCAACACUUCUUAUACAUGAGAGACGUCACACAGGUGAGAAGCCAUAUCCAUGCUCUGAGUGUGGGAAAUGUUUUACACAGAAAUCAUAUCUUGUUGCACACCAGAUAAGUCACACAGGUGAGAAGCCAUUUCCAUGUUCUGAGUGUGAGAAAUGUUUUACACGUAAAUCAGAUCUCUUUAGACAUCAUAGACUUCACACAGGAGAGAACCCAUUUCCAUGCACUGAGUGUGAGAAAUGGUUUACACAGAAAUCCCAUCUUAUUACGCAUCAGAGAACUCACACAGGUGAGAAGCCAUUUCCAUGUUCUGAAUGUGGGAAAUGUUUUACACGUAACUCAGAUCUGGUAAGACAUCAUAGACUUCACACAGGAGAGAACCCAUUUUCAUGCACUGAGUGUGAGAAAAGCUUUACUCGGAAAUCAUAUCUUAUUAGACAUCUGAGAAGUCACACAGGUGAGAAACCAUUUACAUGUUCUGAGUGUGACAAAUGUUUUAUACAAAAAUCAUCUCUUCGUAUACAUAAGAGAAGUCACACAGGUGAGAAGCCAUUUUCAUGUGCUGAGUGUGGGAAAGGUUUUACACAUAAAUCGGCUUUUCUUACACAUCAAAGAAGUCACACAGGUGAGAAGUCAUUUCCAUGCUCUGAGUGUGGGAAAUGUUUUACACAUAAAUCAACUCUUCUUAUACAUGAGAGAAAUCACACAGGUGAGCGUCUGUUUCCAUGCUCUGAGUGUGGGAAAUGUUUUACUCAUAAAUCAACUCUUCUUAUACAUGAGAGAAAUCACACAGGCGAGAAGUCCUUAUCAUGCUCUGAGUGUGGAAAAUAUUUUACACACAAAUCAGCUCUUGUUAAACAUCAAAGAACUCACACAGGUGAGAAACCGUAUCCAUGUUCUGAGUGUGAGAAAUGUUUUACGCAGAAAUCACAUCUGAUUACACAUCAGAGAAGUCACACAGGUGAGAAGCCAUUUCCAUGUUCUGAGUGUGGGAAAUGUUUUACACGUAAUUCAGAUCUGGUUAGACAUCAUAGACUUCACACAGGAGAGAACCCAUUUCCGUGUUCUGAGUGUGAGAAAAGUUUUACACGUAGAUCAUAUCUUAUUAGACAUCAGAGACAUCACACGGGUGAGAAACCAUUUACGUGCUCUGAUUGUGGGAAAUGUUUUACAAAGAAAUCCGCUCUUGUUGCACAUAACAGUAGUCACAUGUGUGUGAACUAGCUAUUGUAAGACCAGAAAAGUCACAGCUGAAUUCCCUUGAUUUGUAGAUAUGAAACAGGGUUACAUUAAUAUUUUACAUACUGUAUAUGAAAACUGCAAAAACAUUAUUUGUAUAUAUGCACUAUAUGAGCAAAUGUAUUUGGCCACACCUGUUAAGUAUUGAAUUCAGGUGUUUCAAUCAGACCCGUUGCCACAGGUGUAUAAAAUCAAGCACCUAGCCAUGCAGUCUCCAUUUGCAAACAAUUGUGAUAUAAAAUGGGUCGGUCUGAAGAGCUUAGUGACCUCAAGCGUGGUACUGUGAUAGGACGCCACCUCUGCAGUAAUACGGUCCGUGAAAUUUUAUCCCUGCUGGAUAUUCCACGGUCACCUGUAAGUGAUAUUAUUAGACAGUGGAAGCGUUUAGGAACAACAGUAUUCAACCACGAAGCAGAAGAUCACGUAAAAUCACAGAGCGGGGUCAGCGAAUGCUAAGGUGCAUGGCGCGUAAAUGUCGCCAAUGCUCUGCUGAUUCCAUAGCUGAAGAGUUUCGAACUUCCACUGGUAUUAAUGUAUUCACAAGAACUGUGCGGCGGUAGCUUAAUGGAAUGGGUUUCCAUGGCCAUCACCAAGUCCAAUGCCAGGACUUAUCUCCACUGAAGGGCAAUCUUCAUGCUUCAGCAUACCAAGACAUUUUGGACAAUGCUAUGCUUCCAACCUUGUGGCAACAGUUUGUUGAAGGCCCUUUCUAUUCCUACAUGACUGUGCGCCAUUGCACAAAGCAAGGACUAUAAAGACAUGGAAGAACUUGACUGGCCCACAGAGAUCCCUUUCCUCAACCCCAUUGAGCACCUGCGGGAUGAACUGUAAUGGAGAUUGUGAGCCAGGCCUACACGUCUAACAUCAGUGCCUGGCCUCAUAAAUGCUCUACAGAAUGAAUGGGCCCAAAUUCCCUCAGAAACACUCCAAAAUCUUGUGGAAAGCCGUCCAAGAAGAGUGGAAGCUGUUAUAGCUGCAAAAGGGGGAACAUCUCCAUAUUAAUCUAUAUGUAUCUGAAUACAAUGUCAUUACAGUUCCUGUUGGUGUAACGGUCAAAAGUCCAAAUACUUUGGUCUAUAUAGUGUUCACAGGUUAUCCACCCGGAUAACAUUGGGAUAUGGCGAAGCAACAGCGGAUUUGCACAAAUCGGUCAAAGCUUUCCGGCCUCCCAGCAUGCAAUGGACCCAUCCCUAUAUUGUUUGGUGCGGCAGGAGCCGGACCAUGGUCAGAGGGCUGCUGGUUUUUAGCAGCCCUAAGCUUUCUUAUUUUACUUUUAUAGUCUUACUAUUUUUCUGAGCAAUCUUUCUUAACAGCGUUUUAUACGUACCUUAGAGUCGCUCCAACAACUCUUCGCUGGGUCGCAACAACGCUUACCCACGAGUACAGUGCUAUUUCGGCGGGCGUCUGUGUUGGAUAUACUAGCAAGUCUCAGACGCUGUACACGAAGGGGACCCAGUUGCACCAUAGGCAGCUGUGUGACUGGUGCAUCUUUGUUCACUGAGCGUCUGUGUUCACUAUAGGUUCAUGGAGCGGCAGUGUACACUAGUAGUGUCUGGAUCCACUCGGCAUUCGCUAACGUAUUGCUCGGUCCUGGAAGCGAGGUGAGUCUCCCUGUGUCCCACUCUACUGAGUACGGGUAAUACAGCACUAAUACCUUUUUGAGUAUGAAUAGUUCGAUUAGUUCGAUAAGUGCCUAUAAGCAUCUGAAUACGUUAGAUCUGUUUAAACAUGAUUCAGUAAUAUGUUCUCCUACAUACCUGAAAUGUAGUCGAUGAUGUGCGCUUAGUAUUCUAAUGUAUAACAUGUGACUGACUGCUAGUGUGAUUGCUGACUUUACUAUAAUCUGUCAGUUUUGUUCUAUUCCGAUCCUCAAUGCUGGUGCAUGGGUAGGGUCGGAUUGUAUAUCACUUUAAAAAGCUCAAAGUGAUUACAGUCACAAAUUGUCUAGUACACUGUGGAAGUGGUGAUUAUUUAUCAUGUCUAAGAGCGGCACAGUUGAGGAAGAUACACUCACAGCAACACCAACACUCAUAUUAUGUUUGUCUUGCAAAGCUGUGUUAUCCUCUCAGGAUUUGGUUCAGGAUGGUUUGUGUGCAAAUCGUUUUAGCUUUCACCUGGGGUUCUUGAAAAAUACAAGACCGAUUCAGGUGUAGGUUGAUCCACCUUGGGCUAUGUUUGCACAGACUUUAUCCAGUGUAGCUGAAAGGAUAAUUCCUCCAACUCCUCUAGCGGGGUUGCACGAUUAACCCUUACAUGCAGCUUCCCACUUGUGGUGUAUCACUUCCAGCAGCAGCCUCUCAAAAGAAACAGGCUGAUAAGCCGGUGGUAAGUAAAUCUUCAUCCUCACAGGCUACAGAUGGUUCAAACGAGGAUUCAUCAGAGGAUGAAAGCUCAAUUCAUUCUACUUCGGCAUACGAAGAGGAGAAGGAAGGUCUCAGCUCAGUGGAUAUAGCUGAUUUAAUGAAAACAAUGAAAGCCAUUCUAUCCAUAGAGGAUUCAGCAGAGCCUGUGUUAAAAACCAAGGCAACUGUGUUUAAACGUCCCAAAACAGUUAAGACUGAGUUUUCAAAGUCAGAUCACCUGACGGAAAUUAUGGAAGAGACUUGGGCUACGCCUAAGAAAAAGUUUAGAAUUCCUAAGAAAUGGAAUUCCAAUUACCUCUUCCAGCUGGGGAUUGUUUAAAAAGGGAGGUGGCUCCUAAAGUAGAUACGCAUGUGAUUAGAUUAGUACGAAAAUCUACAUUACCUUUGCCUUCAGCAUCAUUAAAUGAUGUCACGGAUAGGAGAGUGGAUGGUUUUCUAAAAAACAUUUUUUUCCCUGUCUGGGGCAGUCAUAAGGCCAGCCAUGGCUUCAGCUUGGAUUGCAAAGGCAGUGGCUGCCUGGGCUGAUGCAUCGGAGGGGGAUUUUUCAAUAGCUUCUAAAGAGCAGAAAUAGCACAUAUUAAACAGGCUGCAAUGUUCUUGGAAGAAGCAGCAUUGGAUAUGGGUAGUAUUGCCUCCAGGGCUUCAACAAUAGCUGUUCGUAGAGCAGUUUGGCUACGUACGUAGAAAGCUAAUUCAGAAUCUAAGAAGGUUUUGUAAUCUUUGCCCUUUUCUGGAGAUAUUCGUUUUGAUAAAGAAUUGACAGAUAUUAUGGAGUCAGAAGCAGAUUCCAAGAAAGUAAAGUUUUCUUCCACAUACAAUUUCAAACCUAAAGUUCCGGCUUUUCGGCCCUUUUGGUCUCAAGGAAAAGCUAAAGGUAAAAGUGAUAGCAGGCAGUCCCAAUACAACAAGUCUGGUAAGACUAAAAAGCAUUGGGCUACCAGAGGACCGAUUGGUAAAACAAAGAAACCAUCAGCCUGAUGGUGCGAGCCUCCACCUGGGGGACCCCAGGGUGGGUGGCCGACUUCAGUUUGCACAGGGCAGCAGUCUACAACAGAUGCCUGGGUGCAGGAAGCAGUAUCUCUAGGUUAUGCUUUUGCCUUCAAGAAGCACUCUCCUCAAAGGUUUUUUUGUACCAGCCUAUCUUGGGUAGAGACGAAGGUCAGGGCUUUGCAAGAGGCAGUUCAGAAAUUGCUUCAGUCAGGAGAAGUCAUUCCAGUUCCUCCUGCAUGAGGACAGGGGUUUUACUCUAACCUGUUUCUAGUUCAAAAGCCAAAUGGGCCAUUUCGGCCCAUUCUGAAUCUCAAAGUGCUGAACCAAUACAUUUGGGUACCUUGGUUUCACAUGGAGCUUUACGUUCCAUCAUUUUGGCCAUGGAGCCAGGGGAUUAUAUGGUAUCCCUGGAUAUACAGGAUGCUUACCUACAUGUUCCUAUAGCACUGUCCCUUCAGGGCUAUCUCAGGUUCGCUAUUCUCCAACAGCAUUUUCAGUUCCAGGCCCUACCUAUUGGGUUAGCCACAGUCCCCAGAGUAUUUACCAAGAUUACGGUGGUAAUGGCAGCUUAUCUCCGCCAGCAGGGGAGAAGAAUUUUUCCAUACCUCAACGAUCUUUUAAUCCUGGCACAGUCGCAGGAAUUGCUCCUAUGUCAUCUGCAACCGACAAUAACGUGUUUCAGAAGCACGGGUGGCUCAUAAAAUGGGCAGAAUCAUUUCUGGUUCUGUCACAGUGGAUGACUCACUUGGGGGCUGUACUGGAUUCAAGUCUUCAGAGAGUAAUGUUACCUCUGAACAAGAUAUCCAAGGUUCAGUGAAGGAUUCAGGACAUGUUACACAGUCAAAAGUUAUCCAUUCACGCAGCAAUGCGAGUAAUGGGUUUGAUGGUGUCAACAUUCGACAUGGUGGAGUAUGCACAAUUCCACUCGAGGCCUCUGCAGCAUCUGAUUCUUGCCAAAUGGAAUGGGUUGCAUCAGAUGAUAAAAACACAGACUAUGGUUCUUACGAUAGAAGUAAGAAGGUCAUUAGCCUGGUGGCUACAGACAUCCCAUCUGGACGAGGGUAGACCCUUUUGGAUAUCAGAUUGGGAAAUUCUGACGACAGAUGGCAGUUGCCAGGGCUGGGGAGCAGUGUCAGGAAGGUUGUGGUUCCAGGGGCAAUGGACCAAGGAAGAAAGUUGCUUGCCAAUAAAUAUAUUGAAACGUCGGGCCAUAUACAUAGCACUGAUUCAGGCAAAGGACAUUUUUUUGGGAAAAAAUGUCCAGAUCCGCUUAGACAAUGCAACGGCUGUAGCGUACCUUAACCAUCAGGGAGGAGCUCGCAGCCAAAAAGCGAUGAAGGAGGUAAGUCACAUACUAAAGUAGGCAGAACUUUAUCAUCCAUCCUUGUCCGCAGUGUUCGUUCCGGGAGUCCUAAACUGGGAAGCGGACUUUCUCAGUCGACACACCAUUCAAGGCAAUCGAAUGGGCUCCACACCCGGAAGUAUUUCAGACUCUUGUAGACAAGUGGGGGUUGCCAGAGAUAGAUCUCAUGGUGUCCCAUCUGAACAACAAAGUUCUCGCAUACGGGUCAAGAACAAAUGAUCCCAGAGCAAUCUUUGUGGAUGCCCUGUUGGUGAGAUGGGACUUUCAUCUGGCUUAUGUGUUUCCUCCAGGGACUUUCAUCUGGCUUAUGUGUUUCCUCCAAUCACCUAUUAUCCAGGGUGGUGAGAAAGAUAAAGCAAGGGAAAGGUGCCAUGAUACUAAUAGCUCCGGCUUGGCCCAGAAGACAUUGGUACACAGAUCUGCAGAGGAUGUCGAUGGAUGCUCCACUUCGGCUCCCUUAACGUCCAGAUCUUCUGAUGCAGGGUCCUUGUUAUCACAGACAUCUGGAUCAACUGUCUUUGAUAGCGUAGCUCUUGAAACCUCUAUCCUGAAGUCAAGAGGAUUCUCAAAAAAGGUAAGUCACACUAUGCUCAGAGCAAGGAAACCUUCCUCAGCUCGCAUUUAUCACCGAAUAUGGCAAGCCUAUAUUCAUUGAUGCAGUGAACGGAAAAUGGACCCUAAGUCUUUCAGAGUUUCCACGGUCUUAGCAUUCUUUCAGGCAGGAAUGGAUAAAGGUUUGAAGGUGGCUUCCCUGAGAGUGCAAGUGUCAGCAUUGACUCUAUGGUUCCAAAAGAAAAUUACCAACUUACAGGAUGUGCGUACUUUUUUCCAGGGAAUGCUGCACAUUCAACCUCCUUUUGUUCCUCCUACAGUGCCUUUGGACUUAAGUCUAGCCCUGAAAGCCCUUCAAGUUGCCCCAAUUGAACCACUUAAUAAAGUGGAUCUUAAAUGGUUGACCGCUAAAGUACUCCUUCUACUGGCUAUGGCGUCAGCUAGAAGAGUAUCAGAUUUAGGGGCAUUAUCAUGUCAUUCCCCUUUUCUGAUUUUUUUUAUCCAGAUAAAGCAGUUCUCAGAACUAGAUCUGGUUAUCUUCCUAAGGUGGUCUCUAAAUUUCACCUUAAUGAAGAAAUUGUAGUCCAGGCUUUCCAGGUACCGGGCCUUUCUGUGGGAGAUGCAUCGCUGUAUGUGGUCCAUGCAUUAAGAAUCUACGUGGAUCGUACCAGUGCCAUCAGAAAGAGAUUCUCUCUUCAUUCUCUACGGAUUUCACAAGAGGGGAUAGCCUGCUGAUAAGCAGACACUGGCAAGAUGGCUUCGGAUGACGAUUUCAGAAGCAUAUUCUCGAGCUGAUCUCUCUGUUCCGGCUAAUGUCUCUGCUCACUCUGCUCUUAAAAUAGGUCCUUCAUGGGCAGCAGAACAGAUAUGUAAGGCAGUCACAUGGUCUUCCAUUAACACAUUCAUUAGACAUUACGCUUUGCCUCUCAUGACACUGAAUUCGGGCGUAAGGUUCUCCUGUCUAAUCAGCAGCGUCCCCACCACUAAAAAUUGCUUUGGGAAAUGCCAUUGUUAUCCUGUGGAUAACCUGUGGACCCUGCCGGAGAAAUAUACGUUAUGGUGAGAACUUACCGUUGAUAACGGUAUUUCUCCUAUGUCCACAGGUCCCUGACGCACCUGAUUUGAGAAUCUUUAUACUCACUAACCUCUUCCCUCUUGUACGGAAGGGUGUGUAUGUGUGUUCUUCUCGCCUGAUUAGGGCUAGCUAUGAUGCUCCUGACUUGAUCUUUGGAAUACAACUGAUUUGCCUGAGCCAGUGGGCGGGAUAUAUGGACGGGCCCGUUGCAUGAUGGGAGGCCGGAAAGCUUUCACCGAUUGGUGCAAUCUGCUGUCGCUUCAUCAUAUCCCAUUGUUAUCCUGUGGACAUAGAAGAAAUACCGUUAUCAAUGGUAAGUUCUUACCGUAAAGUAUAUUUCUCCUUAUAGGAAAAAGCACAUUUGUAUAAGGUGAGGGAUCCAUCUUGGGAUCCAUCUGCGCAGUUCUAUUCCAAGUAAUCAGUCACAUCAGUCCAUGCGUGUGAGAGCCUGCUGUGAGUGUGACCCUGCAUGUGUGAGAGCCUGCUGUGAGUGUGACCCUACAUGUGUGAGAGCCUGCUGUGAGUGUGACCCUGUGCAUGUGUGAGAGCCUGCUGUGAGUGUGACCCUGCAUGUGAGAGAGCCUGCUGUGAGUGUGACCCUGCAUGUGUGAGAGCCUGCUGUGAGUGUGACCCUGCAUGUGUGAGAGCCUGCUGUGAGUGUGACCCUGCAUGUGUGAGAGCCUGCUGUGAGUGUGACCCUGUGCAUGUGUGAGAGACUGCUGUGAGCGUGACCCUGUGCAUGUGUGAGAGCCUGCUGAGUGUGUGACCCUGUGCAUGUGUGAGAGACUGCUGUGAGCGUGACCCUGUGCCUGUCUCUUCACUAGGAGCCAGUGAUAUCACUGAGUGCAGCCUCUUCCUUCAGUAGGAACCAGUAACAUCGCUGAGAGUGCAGCCUAUCCAGUCACUAGGAAACAGUGACAUCACUGAGCGUGCAGCCUAUCCAGUCACUAGGAGCCAGUGACAUCACUGAGAAUGCAGCCUAUCCAGUCACUAGGAACCAGUGACAUGACAUCACUAAGGACCAGUGACAUCACUGAGAGUGCAGCCUAUCACAUCACUAGGUGCUAGUGACAUCAUGGAGGUAGUAUAUAAAUCUGUUGCUGUAUGUAAAGUAGUGCCCCCACAAUGGCCGCCUGCACCAAUGUUGGUGACAAUUAUGUAAACGAUAUGUUUUAGAUGAUUUGUAUAUUAUAGAAUAAAUGGUAAGUAACCAGC